CACAAUACCACACCUAAUUCCCAAUCUUAGUGGCUUCUGAUUUGCUGCUGAGCAAACACCAAAGAUGAUGAAGGCUGUGCUUCUGGGAUGCCUGCUAGGGCUUCUUUGGGGCUCUCCAAUUCAAGCUGAUGUCCCUGUUCAGGCCAACUUUGACAACAACAAGUUUCAGGGCGUCUGGUACAUGAUUGCCGCAGCAUCUGAUGACAAGGACUUUUUGGCUAUGAAGGACAGUAUGAAGAUGCCAAUCAGUUUUGUGACUCCUCUGGCCAAUGGAGACUUGUCUGUCAAGACCGGCUACCCAAGGCCUGAUGGGAAGUGCCAGAAAGUGGAUGCCACCUUCAUCAAGGGCGCAAUGUCAGGACAAUUCAGCAAUCCAGAAAUGGGCCAAGAGGACAUCCGAGUGGUGAACACUGACUACAAGCAUUUUGCCAUUCUGUGGAUUAAGAUGAACAAAGCGGGUGUUAAGAAAGACAUGCUCCAGUUGUACUGCCGAGCUCCAGAGCUCUUUGCUGAAGGUGCACAAAAGAUGCAGAUGUUGGCACCCAAAGUAAACCUGAACCCCAGCCAGGGUGCCAUUUUCCUUAAAUCAGAUGAGUGUAGCAAGGCCCUCCCCAAGUGACAGCUGACAGAGCCCUUGUUGGAGUUUGUCUGAAGCUUCAGCAGUCACCCUCCUACUUGCCCACUUUCUCCCCACCCCUGCAUUGCCCCAGGCUGAGACUUUUCUUUUCCCUCCAGAAUCUUCCUUACCACCCAAAUAAAGUGAUGCUGUGAAAA